GAAUCCACGUAUAUGUAUCGUGGAUAUAUAAUAUAUAUCCACACUACCGUAUAAUAUGAAAUUUGAGCAACAUAUGGUCAAUGAUACCAUAAAUACGGAAGAUAUAGAACAAUCCCACGAAGAUGUAAGCCAAAAAGAUGAUUCGGAAUCCAGCAUCUAUCACAACAUUAAAGUACUACUGAAUUCUACCCCGUUGUGUGCGCUAUUACAAUCACAUUCAAAGGUUGUAACGGUAGAUUCCGAAGUUCCUCUAUUUGUAGCAUUCAAGGCUUUAUCGCAUUACCAUAAGGAUUUUAUUUUUGUGUAUGAUACUGAUGGUAAACAAUUUUUGGGUUCUCUAGAUGAGCAUUCUUUUGUCAAAUUUCUGAAAGAUAGUUCAGAAUAUGAACACAUGACAUGUGGCCAGUAUUUGAAUGCAGUUGGUUCUCCCAUUAUACACAAAGUUCCUGAGAAUAGUACGGCUUUUUACGGCCUGGAACUUGUAACAAGACAUAGGAUUUCUAGAUUAUUCGUGUGGUCUACAGACCGUGAUGUACCAAUAGGCUAUUUAACACCUUCCUGUUUCCUUCUUUAUAUUAUCAAAAACGUCUGUGGAAGGUUCGAUUUCUUGGAUGAUUCAAUAAAUUCUAUAUCGACUAAUUGCGAAGUCACAAUUCCUUCACAAACUACACUAAAAGAGGCCUUAAAUAUUUUGAUAACACACGAUGACCUUCCCGUGAUCGAUGAUUCAGGAACUAUUCUAUCCAUUUUAAAUCGCAGAAAAGUUAUAUAUUUCGCUCUGAACUCUCUUAGGGACAAAGUUCCGGUAGCUUAUUCAAACACAGUUUAUGACAUAGUGAAGAGCAUAGAUAAAGAAUUUAGGUAUAAAGACCAAGAAUUAUACGUAGAUGCUUCCAUCACUAUUAGGAAUGCUUUGUCGGCAGUAUUACUUUCAAAUGAUCGCACACUGGCAUACGCAAAUCCGGAUGGUGUUGAUAAGAUACUGAACGUUUGGGAUUUACUUUAUUACCUCACUUUGCGGUAGUUCAAAUUA